AUGACAUCAAAACAUAACUUCAUCAUAUUCCCGCUCCUCUUCCUCCCCUUCUUCUUCCUCCUUGCUCUGGCUGGCAACAAUAACCAGAGCAAAGGCGGCAUCGCCAUCUACUGGGGUCAGAACGGCAACGAAGCCGCCCUGAACGAGACCUGCGCCACCCAAAGGUUCGCCUACGUCAACAUAGCCUUUCUCUACUUGUUCGGCUCCGGCCAGAAGCCCAAGCUCAACCUCGCCGGCCACUGCAACCCCUCAUCCAACGGAACCUGCAAAUUCCUCACAGAUCACAUCAACUUCUGCCAGUCGCUCGGCGUUAAGGUCCUUCUCUCCAUCGGCGGUGGCACCGACACCUACAACCUCACAUCACUUGCCGAUGCUCGGAGCCUUUCUCAAUACCUAUGGAAAACCUUUCUCGGCGGCCGGCCGGCGGCAGCCGCCAGCCGGCCGCUUGGCCCAGCCGUCCUCGACGGCGUCGAUCUCGACAUCGAGCACGGAUUGGCCACUUACUACGGAAAGCUCGUCGAUUUCCUCCGAAAGUACAACGAGACGAUUAUCGUGUCGGCAGCGCCGCAGUGCCCGUUCCCGGACAGGAAUAUCGGGCCCGCGUUCGAGGGGAAAAGACGGUUCGACUACUUGUGGGUGCAGUUCUACAACAAUCCUCCGUGCCAGUUCAACUCUGCGUCGAACAACACGGGUAAUUUGUUGGCGUCGUGGAGAGAGUGGACGGGCAACGGGUCGAUUAGGGUUGAUAAGUUCUUUUUAGGCCUGCCGGCGGCCCGGGAGGCCGCCGGAGGAGGGUAUGUUCCGCCGGAGGUGUUGACCGGGAAAAUUUUGCCCGAGAUUAAACGUUCGUGCAAGUACGGUGGGGUGAUGUUGUGGUCGAAAUAUUGGGACGAGCGGAACGGUGAUUAUAGCAAGAAAAUUUUCAAGAGCGUUUGA